AUGAACAGGAUUCGGAUUCAUGUCUUGCCAACCAAUCUGGGGAGUAUCACCCCAGUGCCCAGAUCUCAGGAGCCCCUCUCUUGUUCGUUCACUCACCGCCCAUGCUCUCAGCCGCGUCUGGAGGGGCAGGAGUUUUGCCUUAAGCAUAUUCUUGAAGACAAGAAUGCACCCUUCAAACAAUGUAGUUACAUUUCGACGAAGAAUGGGAAAAGAUGCCCCAGUGCUGCCCCAAAACCCGAGAAGAAAGAUGGGGUGUCUUUCUGUGCUGAACAUGCUCGAAGGAAUGCCCUAGCACUUCAUGCUCAAAUGAAAGGCCCUAUGGGUGAAACCCUCUUAUGCCAAUUCAGCUCAUAUGCUAAAACAGAGCUGGGCUCGCAGACCCCAGAGAGUAGCCAAAGUGAGGCGAGCCUGAUACUGGACUAUACAGCUGAGGAGGUGGCUCUUAUUAUGAGAGAAAAGCUGAUUCGUUUGCAUUCUUUGUACAUUGAUCAGUUUAAACCACUACAGCACCUGCUCAAAGAGAAGAAGCGCCGUUACUUACAUAAUCGGAAAGUGGAGCACGAAGCUUUAGGUAGUCUCCUGACUGGCCCCCAGGGACUUUUGGCCAAAGAGAGACAGAAUUUAAAGCGACUAAAAUGUCUCAGGCGAUACCACCAACGCUAUGGAGUAGAAGCCUUACUACACAGGCAGCUGAAGGAACGCAGAAUGCUGGCCAUAGAGGGGGCUGCUCAACAGGCUCAUACCACUCGUUCCAGUCAGAGGUGCUUAGCCUUUGUGGAUGAUGUUCACUGCUCCAAUCAGUCUCUUCCAAUGACCAGACACUGCCUUACCCAUAUCUGUCAGGAUACAAAUCAGGUUCUCUUCAAAUGCUGCCAGGGAUCUGAAGAGGUACCCUGCAACAAGCCAGUUCCUGUUAACCUUUCUGAGGACCCCUGCUCUCCAUUGCACUUCCAGUUGCCUCCUCAGAUGUAUAAGCCCGAGCAGGUACUGUCUGUGCCAGACGAUCUGGAAGCAGGCCCCAUGGAUCUGUACUUGAGUGCUGUCGAGCUUCAGCCCUCUGAAAGUUUACCACUGGAGUUCAGUGAUGACUUGGAUGUCUUAGGUGAUGGCAUGUCAUGCCCUCCAUCACCCUUGCUCUUUGAUCCCUCCCUAACUCUAGAAGAUCAUUCCGUCACAGAAAUUGCCGGAGGCUCGGGACAGAUACAGGUGGCUGGGGAUGGGUGCAGAUCCCAGGGACCUCAUAAUGUAGAGAAAACCUCAUAA